AGAAAGAGAACAACCUGGGCCAGACUCUUUCUGCUGGAGAUGAACUCUCUCAAGGAUUGAGGGAAUUAAUGGGGAGGAAAAGAAUAUAUCCCUGGGAGAGAAGCUCAGAGUUAUGGUUGCUUGUAGCUCUAGUCCCAGCUAAGCUGGUUCCCUUCUCCCUUUUUCACACUCUGUGAACACCAGUUAGAACAUAGCUGGUGGGGGAGGGGCUCCCCUAGACUACACACUAAUACACGCAGAGGCACUCUGCAGAACGUCCCAGUGAAGCCUGAGCCAACAAGAAGACAUUGCGAGCCCUCUGCACACAUGGCAGGAAGGGGGGAAAGGCACAGUACAUGCCGAAGAAGGAUGCAGAGUCUAUUCUGGAAGAAAUCCUCAUUUCCCUUCAGAAUGAAGAGAAUUCCUGAGUAGGAUAUUAAGGAGUAAGCUGUUAAGGACCUGGGUUGGAUAAAACACAGGCUCAGAAAUGAUGUAAUAAAAUAACAGAAUGAAAAAAUAAAAUAAAAUGACAGAAUGAGGUGAAAGGGAAGAAUACGGAGCCAAGGAGCCACAUGAAAACCAAUUUGCAGAACAAAUAAAUUAGAAGUAGCUAGGAAUCAAAAACUAAUGAUGUAAUGCAUGGUGAUUAACAUAACAUCAUAAAAUAAAAUAAAAUAAAAUAAAAAGUAGCUAGGAACAGAAUAGUCACAGCUGGAAAAUGAACUUACUGACAGAGCACAAGCUUCAGAUAGUCCCAGUGAGUGCAGAAGAAAAGGAAUGAAAGAUUGAAACAGGUAAAAAUGAUAGGUGUAGGAUUGGACUUCCUGGAGGUGGAGCUGAGCUAGGAGGAGUAUGGGCCUUCCGUUAUUUUGUUCAAGUUCCUCUUGGCAUCAUGUGUUUGGGUGCAGAGAAUUGACUACUUCAGAUAUCACUCAUAUGGAAAUAUGUAAGCACUGACAAAUUGGUGAAAAUGAAUGUUCAUGUUCUUCCUAGAAGAAUACCAAUGAGAUGAAAGUUAUAUUUAUAGCCUGAGGGACCAGGAAAAUUCCCCCUUUGGAGCAAUUUGUUUCCUGGCAUUGAUAUGAAACGCCCCUCCCCUACCAUGUGAUGAUUUCCUGUGCUCUGCUAGAACUGGUCUUUUGCUAAAUGUAAGUACUGACCUGCUGAUCUUAGAGCAAGCACUUUGCUGCUUUUCCUACCACCAGAAACCGCUGGGUAGGGCAGGUUAUAUGGAGAAAAAAUUCUGUGUGUGUAUGGGUCAGAUCUCUGUGGUUAAUCAUUUAUCUUUCCUACAUUUUAAGAAAUCUCUUAAGUCUGGGUGAUAGGUUAGCAUGAAAGAAGAGCAAACAGAUCUACUAACAUUUACUGUCAUUGACGAGGAAAGUGAACUUUUCAUUCUUUGCCCGCCAGCAAGUAUGCUGCUUUAGAAUCUUUACAUUGCAAAUUGCUGUGGGGAGUAGACCAUAGAGCAGAAGUGGGUUGCUGGAAUGGACUUGUCAUGAAUUAUUCAUUCACUAUGUAGUUCCUUGGAAAUCAGCUGGAGGAAAUAGUCCAGUUUGAUCCCAGGAGUGGUGUGCCAAGGGCUGCAGCAGGCCCUUACAAGUCCAGCUGCGAUGAUGUGUUUCUGCCGGCGGCUGUAGGGCGACAGCUGGUGCGCAGAUGAACCCAGGAACAUGUCGCUGGGGAGAGCUGCGCUGAGGACUCCCUGGUGCGUCUUGCUGGAAAAUGAAGCUUCAGAAUGAGAAGACUUUGGGACAUUCCAUGAGUCAUUCAAGUAACAUUUCUAAGGCUGGGGGUUCUUCGUUGGCGUCGGCUCCAGUGUCCGCCUUCCCUCGCUCUUCUGUCACACCGUCCAAUCAGGACAUCUGCAGUUCCAGUGCAGUGUGUUCUGAGUGUUGUCACCAAAGUCCCGUGCAGUCUGCUGUUGUCUUGAAAGCUCCUCCCUGCCAGAGUUCUCUGACACAAGGGCUCACUGUGACAGUUAUCUGUAAAGACACAUUGUCCAAGAGAAAUUCCUGUGGUUCAGAACGGGCCCAGGCCUCGAAGCCUGUUGACAAUACCAAAGCCAGAAGAACACUAAAGUUCUCAAAAUCCUUAAACGAUGUGGGCGAGAAGGCCCAGGAUACUGUGGAAAGUUUUGACUAUGUGGAAAGAACUUGCUCCGAAGGGAAACUGAUACUCCCUCCAGAUCCGGGUCUGAGAAUUAACAGGUUCCACCAGAAGGAAAAAAGAGCACUGCAUUGCAAACCUCUUGGCAAUUCCAAACAUUCUUGUGUUUCCUCCCUUUCUGCCAAUCGAUCAACUGCCUCAGAGGUGGAAGCCGGCAAGGGGGGCAUGCACGUCCCUCUUUUGGAGGAGAAAGCAGAUGGCGAAGCCAUGUCCCGGAGCCGGCGGCUGCUCCGGUACCUGUUCUCGCUCUCACACGGCUCGAGCGCCCGCAGCCCGCACAGGUUCCGUGAGCUGGAGAACUGUGCCGCCCGUCUGCACACCGCCAAGUCCUCCAGCGGGCUGGCAGGGAGCACGGGCUUCUGCUCGGAUGAGAUGGGAGACGACGAUGUCUUUGAGGACAGCACAUCUGCAAAGUGGAAAAGCAAGGUCCUGCGGGCGCCCCUCUGCUCAGUGGAGAAGGACAGUGACCUGGAUUGUCCUUCUCCCCCCUCUGAAAAAUGCCCCCCGAUCUCUCCUGUGUCCACGUCAGGGGAUGCCUGCAGGAUCUGCCACUGUGAAGGGGAUGACGAGAGCCCUCUGAUCACCCCCUGCCGCUGCACGGGGAGCCUGCACUUCGUGCACCAGACCUGCCUGCAGCAGUGGAUCAAGAGCUCCGACACGCGCUGCUGUGAGCUCUGCAAGUACGAGUUCAUCAUGGAGGUCAAGCUGAAGCCUUUGCGAAAAUGGGAGAAGUUGCAGAUGACGGCCAGUGAGCGCAGGAAGAUCAUGUGCUCAGUGACAUUCCAUGUCAUCGCCAUCACCUGUGUGGUCUGGUCCUUGUAUGUGCUCAUCGACCGUACCACCGAGGAGAUCAAACACGGACAGGCAACAGGAAUCCUAGAGUGGCCUUUUUGGACUAAACUGGUGGUUGUGGCCAUCGGCUUUACCGGCGGACUUCUUUUUAUGUAUGUUCAGUGCAAAGUGUAUGUACAAUUAUGGAAGAGACUCAAGGCUUAUAACAGAGUAAUCUAUGUUCAAAACUGUCCAGAAACAAGCAAAAAGAAUAUUUUCGAAAAAUCUGCACUAACAGAACCGAACUUUGAAAAUAAAGAUGGACAUGGAAUCUGUCAUUCUGACACAAACUCUUCUUGUUGGACAGAACCUGAAGACACUGGAACAGAAAUCGUUCAUGUCUGAUUUUGUGCAGGGGUUAGUUUUCCUGGACAUUGAAGAACAGCUGAAGGAAAUUGUUUACUGCCAAUUGUGUACCUUUUCUUACAUCCUUUAAUAGCAUAGACCAGGCAGGUGACUGUUUUAAUGGCUUCUCUUUUUCUAAGCCCUCCUUAGUGAAUCUCCGGAAAGCCCUCACAUUGGCCGUGCACGGCCGGGUUCCACUUCUGCCAGCAUUUCCACGGGAAGGGAGGUCCCCGUGAUGCCAUGUGAUGGGGAGCUGGCUGGGCUGUGGCCCAUGAGACGUUGAGCAGAAUGAGAGAAUAAAAUGCCCAACCCGAGGGAAGAGCAGGAGCAGGGUGGCACCCCGGCCUCUCCCGGUUGGCAGCAGCCCCCACCCUGGCGCGGAGUGUUUGGGACUGUCUAGCAGCCGUGAUGAGAGGAUUUCCCUCCUCACCAAGAAGAGCCCAGGAGCUGAGCCCGUCUGUUGACGCUGCUGCUGGCCGUUUUCCGGAGCAGACGGGGCUGUGGUACUCUGUGCCUGGUGGCGAGGGAUUCACUAAGCAAACAGCACUUUACAAAGAGAGAAUCUUUAUUUUGUAAUAUGUGUGUCCAGUGGGAUGGACAUUUAAAAGAACGUCUCAUUUAGAAGCCUUCCUUUCAUGAUCUCUUUUAUGUUAUAAUAGAUCUAAAACCCUUUUUGCCUUAUAUAUUCUAAAAAACCUGACAUCUGCUCUGUGUGCAUCAAAGGGACUUGUGGCUCUAAAGCAGGACAAACAGAUCUGAGGCUUUUUCCUAACAUUUCAUGGAAAUUAAUGGAUGCCAGAUGGCAAUUUGAGCCCAAUUCCUGUGGUUUCAAGCCUAUUUUAUAAGUCUAAAGACUGCCCCAAACACUUCUUUUUGGACAACACUGAAAAAGAAGGUUAUGUGAGAUCUAAAUGAAAGGAAGUGAGUAGUUAGAACAAAAAUGAGUAUUUAAAAUGACUCCUCUCCGGACAAAGCUCUCCAGUUUGUGCUGGCUUCACCAAAAGCAUAAGCGUGCGCUGCCCUGGUCGGGGGCUCGGACACCAGGGGUGCUCCUGGGUGCCUGCCGCCUUGGAUGGCCUCUGGUCCUGGGGAGGUCCUGUGGGUCACUGGCCCGGGCAGAGAGACAGACGGGCUGGCUCUGGGACAAAGGCCAAGAGUGAGCAGCAAACUGCCGGGGCCCACGGUCACUGCCCCCAGCCCCGCCUCUACCCGUGUAUAGCCUUAACUGGACUGGACAGAGAGGAUCCUUGUGAUCAGUUCAUUCUAUCAUCAGGGAUUAUCUCCUGUACCAUUUUCAUAAGACAAAACCAAAAUCACUACCAUCAAAUGGCCUUUGUCCCUUUAAAGUCUGCUUAAAAUUCUGUUUUUAAAAAUGAGUUUCGCUUCGCCAGGUAAAUAGGAGUUAACUCCAGGAAAAUAGGCCGGGAGGGUCCGCAGUAUCACAGGCAUGUGCCCAGGUACUUACUCUCCAGGUGACACUGCAUCUGUAGAGCCUCUUCUAAGGGGAAGGAUGCCUGGGGGUCCUGCCCUCAGUCCCCUGAGCCUUAGGUGCCUUGCCUGUCUUGUUAAGAGGAUGAAGCAAACACAAGACGAUCCCUUUGCCUUUCAGAGUAGAAGUGCUCUGGUUUGUCUGGAAAGCCAGGAGGAGGCUGAAGCGUGUCUGAGCUCUGGGGCAGGGUGCGUGGUAGCAGGCUUUGCCCUGCCGUCCCUUCGCAUGCGGUGUCUGAUUCGUCAGCAUCACGGACUCUGGUCUGAGGAGCUGCCCCACCCCACCGUGGCCUUCCUCUGGCUCGGCAGGCACCGUCCAGCCAUGGCCAGCCCCUGAAAAUAGGUCAGCCUGCUCUCUCUCUCCGUCUCCCAGGCCGCAUCCAGUCCGUGCCUGUGUUCACUGUGCCCCAAAGUGCAAUUACCCACACUCCUUCUCAGCCUGCGGACGCCAGGCAGCUACACGCUGUCUUCUCAGGGGAGCCGAGUCCUGGGCCAGCCCUGCCUGUGUCCCUUAGAGCUGCCCAGGCAAGGCCCCUUGGCCUUGCCCUCUUACAGCAGAUGAGUAGUCACGUGAAGACUGGGAUCGAUUUUUAAGUGGGAUUCCUUCCCCUCUCCCCGAUGGAACCCCUUAUGCUGAACUUGAAAGUCACUAAGACUUCUGCAGAGAGGAAAGCGUGCUUAGGUAGGGAUGGCCUCUGGGCAGCCCACCUCUCAUGGCUGGCACCCUCUGUGGCAAAGAUGCCUUUAUAACCAUGACUGCUGUGUUGCUCUCAUGUGAAACCCUCCCUUCUUUUCAGGAAGGCCUAACACCAUCUCACCACCUCCACCAAGCUCCUAAAAAAAAAGCCUUCUGCUUGGGGACGGUCCAUCCCACAUCCUUCUUUCCUCUCCUGGGUUGGCACACAGAUGCCCUCUUGCCUUUCUCUUUUCUCAUAGGUUCUAGUUGAGCACCUCUGACUCCAUCCUUAGUCCCGGCUCUAAUCUCUACCUCCCAGAGACAGACCCAGGAAGCCAGCAGCUCUGGAAAGGUGGUGCUGUGCUGUCAUCUAGUGGGGGCGGUGGGUCUGCCAGGGGUUCCUUUAGUCCAUAGGCAGCUUGCCUUCUAGUUUUUUUUGGGGGGUGGCGGUAUUUAUUCCCGUUUCCCCCUCAUUCUGCACGUGGCUUUGGUGGAGGACAACACUUGGCUGAACCAGAAACGUGGGAUGAGCUGGUGGGUCUCAGGGCCUGGAGGGUUGGUACUUGGGGGCCAGGCCAGGUGGGGAGGGAAGUGGCCUCGGGUGUUGCCAGCCAGCCCUCUCUGAUUUGGCCUCUAUUCCCUCAAAAGUUCGUUUGGCUCGAGCGCUUCUGACUUUGGCUGCCAGCAGGAAUUUGGUUUUUGUGCCUGAGUUGAUUUUAAGAAACCUGGAAACUCUCAAGCUGCGCUCCGGGCCUCUACUGUGUCCUCCUUUUCUGCCUCAUUCCACUCUUUUCAGUCUCCUGGGUCUAGUUCUCAACCUUGCUGGUAUGCCCUAUCUGGUUGCAGACGCAGGCCGCAGGCAGUGGGCCAGUCCCGGGGCUGCAGGUGGGGCCUGCACAGCUGGGGCUACGUCUGCUGCCUGGUGGGGGCGGGGGGGCUGUAGUGCUGGAGGCGGCCUGGGAACGACGGGGCCGAGGGCCGCGAUGCUGUGCGUUCGGCCUCAUGCAGAGAGAGACACUUCUUGAGUACUUUCUCUUUUGAAUCUGAUUUGAAAUAUGCAGCUUCCCUCUCCAGCCCAAGGAAAGACCGAAACAUAGGGAAAUAAAAACAUUUAUCUUUGUUUUGGACGUAAUUAAGUUGUGCAGCUAUUCACCUAUUUAGAUGCAGUGUUUAUAGAAAGCUGAUUGUUAAUAAAAACCAAAUUUACACUGG